AUGUCUGCCAGCGUACAUCUGGACGUCAUCGUUGUCGGAGGAGGCAUUGCCGGGUUGACGGCAGCCUUGGCCCUGCGAAGGGGAGGCCACACCGUGACUGUGGUCGAAUCGUCUUCGUGGCUGCGCGAGGCUGGUGCUGCGGUCGUGGUUCCUCCCAAUGCCACGCGCCCGUUGAUGAGCCUGGGCAUCGACGUUGCGAAAGACGUCAAGGCGGCCCCGUUCAAGAACACGCUCGAGUAUCAUUUCGCCACCACCGACAAACCGCCCAAGUUUGGCAAGGGUGGAGACGGGGAGCAGGUCCCGUGGGCACGAGAAGCUUUGAAUUACCCGGACAUAUUUUUCUUCUCCCACAGGGUCGACCUGCACGAUGCCCUCAAGAAGAAGUGCAUCAGCGAGGACGGUCCUGGAGAGCCGGUCAGGGUCCUCUUGUCGUCGAGAGUCGUCGCCUGGGAUCCCGCAGGAAGUAUCAAGCUCCAAAAUGGGACCGAGUUGUUUGCCGACCUCAUCGUCGCCGCGGACGGGAUACAUUCACUCGCCCACGAAGCCAUCCUCGGCCGCAGAGUUCCCGCCAUCCCAAGUGGCGUCACCACCAUGCGAUUUUUGUUGAAGACCGAGAGGCUGCUAAACGACCCCGUCACUGCACCGAUGAUGGACGAUGGUGGCGGCUGCUUUGCAUUCUAUGUCGCGGCAGACCGCAAGACUGAUGAACUGCAAAACUUUGGAGCCUACGGAGUGACAGGAACAGGUGCACCCCCGACCUUGACGGGCGAACUGCUCAGCAAAGAUGCACUGCUUGAGAGACUUAGCGUCUUGCCCCCGAUGUUCCGAGCCCUCGGCGAGAUGGCUGAAGACAAGGUCGCGGAUUGGAAGAUCGGGGAUCGCGAGCCACUGCCAACAUAUUACCGGGACAGGCUGGUCUUGAUUGGAGACGCGGCUCAUCCUAUGUACCCCAGGCAGGGUCAAGGAGCAGCGCAGUCGAUUGAAGACGGAGCAACUCUUGGGGUUCUCAUGAGUGGUCUCCAGAGCAAGUCUGAUUUGACACACCGUCUGAUGCUGAAUGACCAGUUGCGUGUACGACGCACGUCCAUUGUUCAAGUGUUGUCCCGGACUCGUAUCGCCACGGUGGAAGAUCGUGUGAUCUUGCCCGACAAGGCCACACAACUAUUCUCGCCAGAGCCGGCGCCCGUCAAUCAAGAACAGAUUGCGAAGUUUCUCUGGUCGUACGACUGCGUGGAACAUACACAGUCUCUACUGGACAGCUCCAUUUUGUCCACUACAUGGCCCGAGCCCCCACAAAUCUCAGAGGUGCUGCGUGUAAAUCUUUAG